GGGAAGGCAAUUACUUGUGACGAAGAAGUUCCACAUUCGUUGCCAGCUCCGAGGAACAGAAUAAAUGGCAGUGCAGGGACCACCGAUGCUGAUGCAACUACAAAGACCUGGCUUAGUGGCACAAAGGGUUGGACUAGAGAGUCUGGCACAGGUGAACCAAGCUACAGUUGUUUUGGUGGAUGUUACUCCCAGGAAGAAGUUCUUUGUGCAAGGCAGCUCAAGCAACUUUCUGUUCUACUUGCAAGAAGUUUUCAUGCCAUGCAGCGAUUGCUACGGAACUGCAAAUCGACCUUUCACCAUGUACAUGUUAAGUGCAGAUGGCCUUGAAGUGAUGGUUUUCCGUCGUCUUCUGCGGCUUCAGAGCGGACUCAGGGGAUGCUUCUGUGGCUGCCUCGGACAGGAGAUGGAUAUUGAAGACCCUUCUUGCAGAAGAAUAGCGACUGUUGCCGAAGAUUUUACGUUCUGGGGCACAUCGUUCACUAUAGGGGAUGCAAGAGGACGUGAGACAUUAAAGGUGGUUGGCCCUCCUCUUCUCCCUUAUUGUCGCAACAAGACUCGUGCUGUAUUCCAGGUGAAAACGAUGGGAGGCACUUCCGUGGGAGGGAUAUGGAUAGAAGGGCAGAUAAGCAUCUCAUUUCCAUCCAACCUGGAUAUCCACCUCAAAGGGUGUCUCAUCGGAUGCGCCAUUCUGAUUUGGUAUAUGUUUGACCCCGAAGGCUGCAUUCUCUACUGUGCUAACACGGUCCCGAACAUCCUCGGGAAAUGCAGCUAUCUAAAUCGCAUCGCACCUUGAAGAAAAUAUCCUGCUGAUACCUGACGUUUGUUUUCGCAGACGAAUGUGCACGCUCACCAUGGUGGGAAAA